GAGUGAACUAGCUACGGUAGACGAAACUAGCUAAGGGAUUUUUUUGGUUGGUAGUUUUCAUCUGACCAGAUUCUCGGGUGCUGACGCCAAUAACAAGCAAGAACAACGAUGCAGAAGAAUCAAACGGCUGCAAAUGAAAAUCCUGCAGCCCAGAUAAAGGAUAGUCCAAUCGAUACAUAAUCCAUAGCUUGCUGCUUCCCGCCCACCCUCCUCGCCCGUUACACGGUCUGUAAAUGGGAUUGGGGAGCUGGGUCGUUCUGAGCAGAUAGCGGAGUGCAGAGAUUGGGGAAAUGCACCAGGUGGUGUCUGGCCAACACAUUGAUCUCGCCCGACACAGGCAGCGGGACUUGGAGUAAGAUGACUCUCGGAACAGUCUGCGUGACAGCCGGGCUCACGGGACUCUUAAGUUUCGUCUUUCUGACGGUCGCUAUCGCCACGGAUUACUGGUACAUUAUCGACGUUUCAGAUUCCGGUUAUGACUAUGGGAAGGGCUGGGAAGAUUUAAACUCCCACUCUGGGCUGUGGAGAAUUUGCGAAGGUAGAAAUGCCUGCAUUGCUUUAAUAGACCCCUUCAGUGAAGAGAUUCAGAGUGUGCCUGACUCCCAGCAACAUUUACUGUUUAUGCAGAAGGUUUUUGUCAUUUUGCUCCCCCUCAGUCUGGUUCUUCUGGUGCUUGGGGGAAUCGGUGGACUCAUCAGCUCGCUGGUCAAUGGUCUCUACCUGCUUCUGUUCACCGGCUCCUACUUCCUCGUCGGAGGUGCCCUGACUCUGGCCGGGAUCUGCGUGUACGUGGCCUACUCGAAGGCCGCCUUUGCCAUCGCCAAGCACAUUUACGGAGACAAGCUGUUCGACAACGUUCACAUCGGCUUCAGCUGGUCCAUGAUCCUGGCCUGUCUCUCUUGUGUCCUGGAGGUCAUGUCAGGGGGCUUGUUCCUUCUGGCUGCCAAGCUGACUGCCUCAGAGCAUCAAGAGCAGUCGGCCGUCAUAUGAGAUCUCGCUGACCGUGUACAGCAGUGCCGCACAUUGUCGUUGUAUUGUUUUUGUGCCUCAGUCUUUAACAAGCUGAAUUUGGGUUACAUCUUGCACCCAACAAUGUUUCAUUGUUUGAUGCUGUCUCUUCCCCCCCCCCCCCCCCUUUUCACACAUCAAGUUAGGAAAUAAAAAAGCAAGUAACAAUAAGAUGAUUAGGAAGGACUCAGGAAGAUGUUUUCAAGCUGGAAAGGGUGUGGAGAAGAUGUCGCCAGGAUUCGAGGGCCUGAGCUAUAGGGAGAGGUUGCGAUGGCUCGGACUUUAUUCCUUGUAGCGCAGGAGGAUGAGGGGUGAUCUUAUGGAUAAGAUCACGAGAGGAAUAGAUAGGGUGAAUGCACAGAGCCUUUUACCCAGAGUUGGGGAAUCUUGAUCCAGAGGACGUAGGUGUAACACGCGAGGAGAAAGAUUUAAAAGAAACCGGAGGGCAACUUUUUUUACACAGAGUAUUAUGUAUACGGAACGAGCUGCUGGAGGAGGUAGUUGAGGCAGGUACUAUCACAACAUAUUAAAAAAAAAUUAUAGGAACAGGGCUGGGAUACAUUCAGGGCUGGGAUACAUUCAGAGGGAUAUGGGCCAACGCAGGCAAGUUGGUCUCGUGUAGAUGCGGCAUGUUGGUCGGUGUGGGCAAGUUGGGCUGAAGGGCCUGUUUCCACGCUGUAUCACUGUAUGACAAAGUGCUGGACACAAAGGGACAGACGGGAUUUUUGUUCCCAGAACGUGUUUCCCCGAAGCAUGAGGCUGCAAAGACGGAGCUGGAAAUGCUAAGCUGGUCAGGCAGCAUCCAUGGAGUGCAAAACAGAAUGAAAAUAAGGGAUUGCCUAUUAAAGAUGAGGGAAAUGUUUUUUAGACUUUAGUCUGUAGAGAUACAGGGUGGAAACAGGCCCUUCGGCCCACCGAGCUCAUGCCGACCAGCGAUCACCCCGUAUACUAACACUAUCCAACACUAUCCCGAAGACGAACAGGUUUGUAGGUUAAUUGGCUUCUGUCAAUGGUCCCGAAUGUCUCAGACUAGAACUAGUGUACUGAUGAUCGUGGUCAGGUAGAGCUAGUUCCACACAGCGCCAGAGACCCGGGUUCGAUCCUGACUACGGGUGCUGUCCAGUACAGAGUUUCUACGUUCUCCCCGUGACCUGCACAAUCCGGUUUCCUCCCGCACUCCUAAAACGUGCAGGGUUGUGUGUUAAUUGGCUUUGGUAAAAUUGACCAAUUGUCCCUAGUGUGUGUAGGAUCGUGAUAGUGAGCGGGGAUCGCUGGUCGGCACGGACUCGGUAGGCCCAAGAGCCUGUUUCCACGCUGUAUCUCCAAACUAAACACUUCCUCCACACACCCUUUCCAGAGACACUGCCAUGUAUUGUUACUCUUCAUUCUACCUUAUUAGUAUAUUACGUUAUUGCACUAUUUUUUUCCGCUCUACCUCAUAUUACACUAUGACCUUGUAUCAUUCUGCUAUUUUGCAUUCGUCAUUGCAUUUAUUCUUUUAUCUAUCAUGGCCAUGAAUAUUGUUUCUCGGAUCUGCAUUCGAACAAGGAAUUUCAAUGUACCCCGAUGUAUAUGACAAUAAACUAAUCUGAAACCUGAACCUGAAGAGGACGUUACUCUCCACGUUUCGAAGAGGAGUGAACAGAAGUGUUACGCUCACAAAAAAAAGUUGGGAAGAAGUGAGUACAAACAGCAACAGAGGAAGUUUUCUCAAAUUGUUGGCUUUCCUCAAGGAAAGCUUCAGACUUAAAGGUAGACGCAAAAUGCUGGAGUAACUCAGCGGGUCAGGCAGCAUCUCUGGAGAGAUGGAAUGGGUGACGUUUCGGGUCGAGACCCGAAACGUCACCCAUUCCUUCUCUCCAGAG